UGAAAACUUUAAGCAACAGUACUAGCGCAAAUCGGAAUUUCCACCGAUUAAAUAUUUCUCAAUUUUCCCUUACUCAAAUAUAAACUGUAAUUGUUAAACUUUCUACUAAUCGCUUGGGGUGCUUUCAUUAGACACAAUGCAGUCGCAGGACAAGCGUCCUAGACAGGUGGAAUUGGCCUCUUUAGAUCCCUCGGCGCGAGUCAAACAACUAGCUAACUAUGGAGCCAUGGUGGAGGUGGACCCUAACGUGCCUCCGAGGAGAUACUACCGAUCAGGCUUGGAAAUGGUCCGUAUGGCAAACGUAUACCUAGCAGAAGGCAGCCUCGAGAACGCAUACAUCCUAUAUAUGAAGUUCAUGACACUAUUCCUUGAGAAGAUGCGAAAGCAUCCAGAGUAUGCCUUGGUGCCGGCGCAGGUGAAGAGUGUGAACCAGGCCAAGCUGAAGGAGGUGAUGCCUAAAGCAGAGAAGCUUAAGCAGAAGUUAUUGGAGCAGUUUGCUAAAGAACAUAAGCUGUAUCAGGAGAAUGAGGUGAAGAGACUUUUAGUAGAAGAACAGAGGAAAAAGCAAGAGCAAGAUGAUGCCAAGUUAGCGGAGAGACUGCAGGCCGACGAGGAUGGACGUGAUCACCCACAUCUGAAGGAUGCAGACAAAUGGGCAGAAUCACCAUCCGCGCCGCCCGUGGCCGGGGUCCUGUACCCGGACGACUUCGCGGCCACGCCGCCGCGCGCGCCGCCGCACCACUACGAGCGCGUGCCGCCACUUAUCCCGCCCUCGCAUCACGACAGCACCACAACAGGUCUUGUGCCAGGUCUGUGGGGCCUACGCGCCGUGGUGGUGCCCGCGGGUCUGAUGGCACAGUUCCUCCGGCUUGCCCAGCCCAACACUCGCAAAGACGUCGAGACCUGUGGCAUUCUGGCUGGCAAACUGGAACGUGAUCAGUUAAAGAUCACGCACGUGAUCAUCCCGCAGCAGACCGGCACCGCAGACUCGUGCAGCACCAAUAACGAGGAGGACAUCUUCCUUUAUCAGGACCAGAAUAACCUCAUCACGCUUGGCUGGAUACACACGCAUCCAACGCAGACGGCGUUUCUCUCAUCCGUGGAUCUACACACGCAGUGCUCCUACCAGCUCAUGAUGCCCGAGGCCAUCGCCAUCGUGUGUGCGCCCAAAUACAACGAGACUGGAUUCUUCGCUCUAACUCCAGACCACGGCAUGCAGUACAUCACAAACUGCCGGCAGGUCGGCUUCCAUCCGCACGACGAGGACCCGCCACUCUUCUACACGGUCGACCACAUUCGCAUCGACCAGUCGGCAUCCGUCGAAAUGGUGGACCUCCGGAGAUGAACGCACUGAAAGUUAGCUUUAUGUACCUGUAUAUGCCUGAUUGCGAAACUAUCCCAUCAUCUAUCUAAGCCCUAAGGUCGUAGUCAAGAUUAAAAUCUUUUGUCAAUAAACGCUAAUAGGGAAUAUUACGCGAAACUCUGCGUAGGGGGCGCCACUACCACAACCAAAGGGUCUACCGCGAAACAAGAAAAUCGAAAUUUCGUUAUCUAACCUCUCUAUCACUUUCGCAUAUUCGAGCGAUAAAAGAGGCAGAUAACUAAAUUUCGAUUUUCGCGUUUCCCGGUAGGCCCUUUGGCCCCUCUGUAAACAAACCGCCUUGAUAUUUUAUUAUCUGUGAAAACUUGCCAAAAAACAAUUUAAGGCACAGUAUGUAUAAGUUACUCUGUGGUUUACGAUAGGUGCUAGUGCUGCACCCUGACGACGGAACAUU